GCCCACACCCCCGGAACAGGAAGUACCUGCUGGCUGCUGCUGCUGACGUUGGUGCUAAUACAUACAUAGUGGCGAUGGCGUUCACAGACCAGUCCCUUCAGGACCCGACAGAUAAAGAAACCUGGGAUAAACUGUCGUUAUGGGACCGGCGCACCGACGCCAUGGCUCCGCUCACGGAGAAACAAAUGGACUCUGUCCUGGAGCUGCGAGCCGCCGCCGAGACGCUCUCUGUCCCGUCAGAGUUGCCCAUCGAGGACUUGUGCAGCCUUUCGUCGCGGUCCUUGCAGUCCCCCUUCACAGCGACUGUGCCGGCAUCAACAGAGGACGUCCUGCUCAAGGGUUUCCAGAUGCUUGACAUGGAGAACGACAGGAUAGAAACAGCACAGCAGUUUUUUGCCUGGUUUGCCAAGUUGCAGGCAAACAUGGACCAGGAUGACAGUGUAAAGUACAGGAAAACCAGAGAUGAUCUGAACUGCUACCAGGAACAGUGUGAUGCUAUUCUGAAAGAUGUCAGUACUGCUCUUGAACACUUGGACUCGCUUCAGAAACAGUAUCUGUUUGUGUCCAAUAAGACCGGCACGCUGCAUGAUUCCUGUGAACGACUCUUGAAAGAGCAGUCAGAGCUUGUUGACCUGGCAGAGAGCAUACAGCAGAAACUGUCAUAUUUUAACGAGCUAGAAAACAUAAACACGAAACUGAACUCACCGACCUUGUCUGUAAAUAGCGAAGGCUUUAUACCGAUGCUGUCGAAAUUGGAUGACUGCAUCGAAUAUGUUUCUUCACAUCCCAGUUUCAAGGACUAUCCAGUUUAUUUGGCCAAGUUUAAACAGUGUCUUUCAAAAGCUAUGCACUUCAUGAAGAUCCACAUCGUAAACACUAUGCAGAAUCUCACAAGCCAGUUAACAAAAAGGGAUCCAAUGGGCCUGGCCAAUGCGGACAAUGCCUUUACACUUUACUAUGUAAAGUUUAGAGCAGUUGCACCCAAAGUUAGAUCAUUGAUUGAACAGAUUGAGCAACGAACAGAGAAGAUUCCAGAAUACCAUCAGCUCCUAGAUGAAAUCCAUCAGUGCUACCUUGACCAGAGGGAGCAGCUCCUCAGUCCCAGCAUUACAUCCACCAUUACUGACCUGACCAACCAAAACAGCAAAGACCACUGUGCUCUGGUUCGCAGUGGCUGUGCCUUCAUGGUUCACGUGUGCCAGGAUGAACACCAACUGUACAAUGAGUUCUUCUCUAAACCCACGCUAAAACUAGACGAGCUGCUCGAGAAGUUAUGUUUGUCCCUGUAUGAUGUCCUCCGGCCUCUCAUCAUCCACAUCAUCCACCUGGAGACCCUGUCGGAGCUCUGCAGUAUCCUCAAGAAUGAGAUGCUGGAAGACCAUGUUCAUAACAACGCCGCUCAGUUGGGGGCUUUUGAUGCAGUGGUGAAGCAGAUGCUGGAGGAUGUCCAGGAGAGGCUGGUCUACAGGACUCACAUUUACAUCCAGACUGAUAUCACGGGCUACAACCCAGCUCCAGGGGAUCUGGCCUACCCUGAGAAGCUCGAGAUGAUGGAGAGAAUUGCUCAGAGCUUGAAGGAAGAGCAGAUGAAGCAGACGUCACAGGAGUCCGUGUUUUCUGAUGUUCAGCUUGAGGACCCGGAUGGUAGAAGAAACAGUAAUGCUGGGAAUGUGGAAGCAUCAAGCCUACAGACGACGAUCUCUCCUGCUGAUCUGCAUGGCAUGUGGUACCCUACAGUCAGGCGAACGCUGGUCUGUCUGUCCAAACUCUACCGAUGUAUAGACAGAGCAGUCUUCCAGGGUUUAUCUCAAGAGGCCUUAUCUGCCUGCAUCCAGUCCCUGCUUAAAGCUUCAGAUAUCAUCCUUAAAAACAAGACGCAAAUAGAUGGGCAACUAUUCCUGAUCAAGCACCUGCUGAUAAUGCGUGAACAGAUUGCCCCGUUUCACACCGACUUCGCCAUCAAGGAAAUCUCACUGGACCUGAAGAAAACGCGAGAUGCUGCCUUCAAAAUCCUGAACCCUAAGGCUGUUCCCAAAUUCUUCCGACUUAACAGUCACAACGCCAUACUUGAAUUCCUGUUGGAGGGAACACCGGAGAUAAAGGAGCACUACAUUGACUCUAAGAAGGACGUGGACCGACACCUGAAGUUCAGCUGUGAGCAGUUCAUCCAGCAGCAGACUCAGAUCUUUGUGGGGAACCUUGAGGAGUUUCUCAACAAGGUUGCAGCGCUUAAAACAAUGGCUAUCCAAGGUGGUCCCACAUACAGUCUGUCUCAGCAACCUUGGGCACAGCCAGCAAAGAUCAACGAUAUUGUGAUGGCUACCUACCGGGUGAUGAAGAGCAAGCUGCCAAGCACUUUACAGAGCAUGUCCUUGUACUUAGCCAACAGAGACACAGAGUUCAUCCUUUUCAAGCCUGUCCGGACUAACAUCCAGCAGGUAUUCCAAAGACUUCACGCCUUGCUUCAGGAGGAGUACAGCGGAGAAGACCUUCAAAUCAUCGCAUGCCCAUCUACGGAGCAGAUUAACCUGCUGCUGUCUGUGAAUAAGUAAUGUCUGAGUUCAGCGUUUGGCGAUGCUGGUGUGCACCCUCUGGAUAGCAAUGAGAUGUUGCAACUCCAGCCAUGACCAGGAGCUGUGAGGCUGAGUAGGCGAGUUGACCAGAGAACCGUUCCUGAGCUGUGAGCUGGACCAGGAGCGCUGCACUGACAGCAAAAAAAUAAAUAAAUAAAUAAAAAAUCCUGCACAAGGCCAAAGAUUCUCUGACAGAAGCUCCAGUUGCAUCAAGUAUUUUGAUGCUCAGGUAAUAACAAACAGGGAAGUAGAGGGUGUUAUUUUUGGGUACUGACUUGAUCAUUUUGUUUGAAUCAAAUUGAAGGUGGUGUUGUGGUUACGGUUGUUUCAUGUAGGAGAAAUCCAUUUUGACAAGGGUGGGUUUGUGAUCAGAGUUGCAUCUCUUGUGCACCAAAUUGUUUUGAAUCAAAAUAAUUUGCGUACUAUGCGAGGGUGAGAGGAGGGGGCGAAAUGUAUUAAGAGUGUUCAGACAACGACACUCCGGGAGGCACUAAAGCGUUGUUCAUCAGCCAGGUAGCUAAUGGCCAGUAAAGAGGCUCGCAUUCAGAUGCCCAGACUCCCUCGUUGAGUUUGGGAGGAUAACAAGAGAAACAUGCUGCAAAAUAUUUUAAGUCAAAUAUUUUAAAAUGGAACAUUUGGUAAAAGUCAACGGUGGCCCGAUGUGCUAUACAACACUCAGGUCCAACAGGUUUCCCCCUCACAGCAAACAUCCGCACAUCUGUUCUUCAUUUGUCGCAUGUUUUCAAAGGUCCAGUUUGAAGGAUUUUAGUGGCAUCAAGCAGUGAGGUUGCAACUUCUAGUGCGUUCAUGUGGCGUUGGAAAAAUUCAGGAACAUUUCUGACAGGGAAAAUUCAAAAUUCAACGCUCCCUCAAGUUGAAGCAACAACUUGGAAAGUCAGAGAAUGUUUUGGUGGAGGAGAUGCCAAGCUGACUUCACAUGACACUAAAACAUGGACGACGAAAGUAAACAUUGUGUUAAUGACAAGAUGCAUAUCUGUGAAAUAUAUUACAUGGCUUUCAUGAUCUGUUUAAUUUGCUUCAGGAAACUGUAAACAUCCGGCAAUGUGAUGUUUGUUAAAAUGCAAAUUAUCGUCCAUUUUGCUCCCACAUUCUGACUUAACAAAACAUGAACACGAUUAACUUCGAAGAAUGACCCUUCAAGUCAGGAAGUGGAACUGUCUGAGGAGAAAACGAAUGCAAAUAUGUAAAAAAACAAAAACAAAACAUUAAAUCUUGUGUUUUAUAUGUUUCCUUUUUUAUAAAUGGGCUGAUUAAUACUGAUAUGCUUUUGGAUUGUUGACCUUGGCAGUUUUGCACUGUAUACUGUAUGAUUUAUGGGUGUGUUUCCUAGUAAGAAAAAGUGACAGGACAAUGUCAAUGUAACCUUUGCUUUGGUGUGUCCCCUGUAAAAUGAUCUGUACAGUUCUUCUAUUUAUUAACGCUCUGAUUAAAACAAAGGUUAAUGA